AAGUCUUUAUAUUAGCACCUGCAAUGGCACUAGAAUCACUAAGUUUCACUUUGACAUCUUCCAGUCAGCAGGCUAAGUCUUCAUCAGUGGAUAGAUAGCAAGCAACUAGGCCACUAAACGGAGUCACGAGCUUUAUUCACUCGGUCCAUUUCACUAUAGAUUAUAGGAGGAGUCAUGUGAAAUAUAAUAUAUUAAAAUCGAAAUUCCAGUUCAUACCGAGAACGAAACUGCUAUUCUAAAAUUUAAAGGGAAGUAGCCUAGAACAGAAAGCAUUACCUCAGUUUCUGUUAAUGGUCUGCGAAAAUACACAUUAUAAUCUUGGAAUUGACCUCCACACUCACAGCUGAAACAUGGUGAAGAUGACCCUACUGUUUAUGUUCCUCGUACUCUCUGUGUUUGUCUGUGUGUGAAUUAAGAACAUGGUGAAGAUGACCCUACUGUUUAUGUUCCUCGUACUCUCUGCAACCAAAGAGCUGUUCAGAGGAGGCUGUGCGUUAUGUGACUCUCAUCCAUCUUCACAUAAGCCUGUUGGUGUCCGGGAGGGAGAGAUGGCAGUGCUACAGUGCCCACUGCGGACCACCAUGGCAGGGCACAGGGAGGGGAACCUGACCCUGACAUGGAGCAACCACUCUGGGCCUGGGGAGCUUCAGGAGCCUGCGGUGUGGAUGUCUGAAUACACCCUCGUCAUCCUGAGGGUCUCUCCCAACCAACAGGGGUCCUACUCCUGCUCACUACUCAACGCCAGUGGCCAGCCCCUGAGAACAGCGUGGUUUAACAUCACAGUGUUCUCUGGCCAGUGCUACACAGAUAUGACUGCGUAUCCAGUCUCUUGCUAUCUGAGACAGUCCUGUGAAAAGUUAACCUGCACGUCAGACAGUGUCCCACAAAACUUCACAAAACAUAAUUAUACGUGGUACAAGAACUGUGACACAGAGUUACACUCUGACUUUGGCGAUGGAUACCUGACGAGUGCUUCUGAAAGUGACAAUGGUUACUAUACCUGCACUUCAUACUACACAUACAACUCAAAGCUCCAUGAUGGACAGGUGUUUACCUUGUCCAGAACCACAGAGCGGACAGUUGAAGAAGGAAGUUCCCCGGUUAUGCCAAAGAUCAUCGAACCUUGGGAUGGGGAGGUUAUUGAAGUAGAUAUGGGAUCUACUGUGGUGGUGGUCUGCAGGGUUGUCCGGUCCUCUGAAUCUGACCAAUUAUACUGGAUGGAAAACAGAUCUUUUGUGGAGAGGAACCAGACGACCCUACCAGUGUUUUAUAACGUUUCACAAGAGAAUGACCAUCACCAGGCAUCGCUGGUGAUCAGUCAGGUGUCAGAGGAGCAGCUGAGGAACACAUACACCUGUCAACUGGAUUCUUCAUCUGGGAACGACAAUGUCUCCAUCACCUUCCAACAGAAGAGUCCACCCCAGUUCCACUUCCUGGUGCUGGGUAUAGUGGGGGUCUUUGUCGUAACGGUGGUGGUGGUGACUGUUGUCUAUGUCAAGCUGAAGGUGGACAUCAUUCUAUUUCUCAGAGAUGAUCUGGGUUGGCAUCAUCACAACGUCUCUGAUGGGAAGCGUUACGAUGCCUAUGUGUUGUGUUAUAAGAGUGACACAGAGUCAGGUGUCAGUGAGGAGGACAGGCAUCAGGUGGAGGAGGUGCUGGAGGAGGAGUAUGGUUACAGCCUGUGUCUCUACGACCGUGACGUGCUCCCUGGGGAGGCGGUGGCUGAGGCGGUGCUGGGGUGUAUAGAGCAGAGCCGGAGACUGAUCCUGGUGCCCAGCAGUCUGGGGCUGAACCCAGGGCAGGACAGCCAGUAUAGUCUGCUCACUGGGCUCCAUGCUGCACUGGUGGAACGGCAGACCUGGCUAAUCCUCAUCCAGACAGAGUCAGACCCAGACAGCCAGGUGGAUCUGAAGCUGGACUCCCUCCCUGAGGCCCUGCGGCUGCUGGCCCAGUCAGGACACACCGUCACCUGGAGGGGCUCCCACUCCAAACCCCUGUCCUCAGCCUUCUGGAAGGAGCUGCGUUACCGUAUGCCUGCCACGACCAGACGGCGCCCCCCGAAGGACGAGAGGACCAUUCUGUGAUUAUAUAGGCUCCAGGGCAGGGUUUGGGUUCAGUCAAUUCACAAAGUAAACUCAAAUUCAAAUGAUAUAAUGGCAUCUAUUUUCAAUUAUCUUUACCCCCAACCCUGAAUCUAAUGUGAUUAAUGUGCCAUUUUUACCUGUAAGAGUGAAAUAGUUUUCCUUCCAAUGUUAAAACAAAAUUAAGUUAAAAAGCAGCUUUUCUGUGUUGGAAUGGUGUGGGCUUACCCCAGCAUCAGAAUGGUGUGGGCUUACCCCAGCAUCAGAAUGGUGUGGGCUUACCCCAGCAUCAGAAUGGUGUGGGCUUACCCCAGCAUCAGAAUGGUGUGGGCUUACCCCAGCAUCAGAAUGGUGUGGGCUUACCCCAGCAUCAGAAUGGUGUGGGCUUACCCCAGCAUCAGAAUGGUGUGGGCUUACCC